AUGCUAUCAUUUUGGACCCAAUUCCUUGGAACAGUAUUGAACUGGAUCGAAACGUUUGUAGAACCCCUGAAGCUCACUUACUGCGGAACACAUAUUUCCACCUUAAACGAUAAAGCCACCCUUUGGGCCCUUGCAGACUGGUUCGAGCAUUUAGCCACCACCAAGAGGGCCCAAAGCCCUCUUGGUAUCAAGAGGCAAUCUUCCUUCACUGACCGACAGGAAGCGCGGCCUCAAGCCUGGGUAGACACACCUCAGCUUGUGUACUCAGCAUGGAACCAAGCUGCUGGCGACAUCAACCAGCCACUUGGAUCCCUUCCCAGAGGCCUAACAAUUGGUCUCGUAGGAGUGGGAAUUACCAAUAUUGUACUGGCUUUCAACCUGGCAAAGGCUGGAGCCAAUGUCACACUGAUCGAAGCGAGUCAUGAAGUGGGAGGCCGCUUGCGGUCCAGCGAGGCUUCUGAUGGCGUCAACGUUGCCGAGAUGGGCGCCAUGCGCUUCCCGCCUUCCCAGGACUUACUCUACUACUACGCGGAACAAUUUGGCUUCGCCUUCAUAAAGAACUUUCCUGAUCCUGGCAAGGUUCCCACGACUAUCUUUUACCAGGGAGUUGCCAAUCAGUGGCUUGAUGAGGACGGCCCUCCUUCUGGAUUCGAAACAGUCGACAAUGGCUGGAAACAGCUUAUCCUUGGCGGUCUGAGCCAGGACGGUAAACUGUUGAUCACUCCGCCUGCUCAGUUGACGGAGUGGCUCAGCUCCAAAGACCUGGCCACCCGAAUGCUGGCUGUUCCGGAAUGGCAGAAGUACCUGGAUGUAUUCGGAGACGACAGUUUCUACACUGGUCUCCAGCGCAUCUUUGGCGAUCAACAUGAGUGGGAUAUCCCAGGCGGCAAAGAGUGGAGUGAAGACGAUUUCAACCGGUUUGGUACUCUGGGCAUUGGCUCUGGCGGCUUUGGCGCAGUGUUCACGGCUGGAUUCAACUCUGUACUACGGCUGGUCGUCAAUGGACUCGAAUCGGACCAGGCUGUAUUCGCAAAGGUUUCUGAUGAAGGCCUCCUGCCGGCGGGUAUCCACGAGCUCGCAAAGGAGAUCUGGAAUGCAGCCACAGCACUUGGGGUCAAAACCAAGCUUGGGACAGUUGCUGAAGUUACCAGUGGCGGCGAUGACACCCCGAAUGGCUCCAGCGUGUCCGUCCGGGAAAUAUCUGCCGGCACCUCGACCACUGUUCAGUAUGAUCUUGUCAUCGUUGGAACCACCAGUCGGGCUAUGGUCCACGCAGUGGCUCCGGUCUCUCAAACUACUGGCAAACCAAUCCUUUCCACUCAAGUACAACGAGGCAUCCACGAUUUACACAUGACAGCAUCCUCGAAGCUGUUCAUCAGAACGGAAAAGUUCUGGGAGAAUCAAACGUCUGACUUUCCUCGAGUUAUCUUAUCCGACACGAACCUCCCGCAAACAUACACCCUGGAUUAUGGCCAUCCAGAGUAUGGCAUGGUUCUUAUCACUUAUGCCUGGGAGGACUUAUCCUUGCAAAUGAUGGCGAUACAAGAUCCCAAAGAGCUUCUAGGGAAGCUCAAGGAACAAAUCGCCAGAUUGAUGAAGAAAACAAAAUAUCCCGAGUAUGUUGACUAUCUUACGCCUGUUACGGAUGACGACAUAUUUCUUAUUCAUUGGCAACUCGACCGACACUCUUACGGUGCUUUCUCCCUGGGACACCCGGGACAGGAUAAGGACAUUGCGUCCCUUUUCUACGACUUUCAGAAACUUGCCAAGGAUGCGAGCAGUCGGGUCCUGAUCAACAGUGACUGCACCUCGUUCCUCGGUGGGUGGGUGGACGGCGGGUUGCAAUCGGCACAUAACACUCUCUCGGCCAUCUUUGAACGUUUCGGGUCGUUGAACCCAGUUGCUGCUAGCCUGGCACCCUCUAGGCUUCUUGACUCUACGCUAUAUCAGUAUUAG